GCUAUAUCAUCAUUAUCGUCAUCGUCAUCGUUAUCAGUGGAUUAUGGCUCUGAUUCAGCAGUCUCCAAUUUCAUCGUCGUCGUCCUCCUUCUUUGGUUCCUUCCUCAGCAGCGGGCUCCUUUGCAGAGUUGCCGGCUCCAAGCCUCUGAAUCUCUGUACAAAUCCCAAGCCCUCCAAACGGUAUCGUGGCUGCAAAGCUUCGUGGCAAGAGCUUGCGGGAGUUCUAGUAUUCUCUGCAAUUCCUUUCACGGCGGUGAAAGCCAUUGCCAAUAGUCCUCUCGGAGAGUUGCUUCAGAGACGAUUGGAGGAGAGAAAGAAGACUGCCUUAGAAAAUUCUUCCAAAUUCAAGGCACUUGCUGCAAAGGCAAGAAAGGAUAGCUUGUGGUAUGGAGAGAAACGCCCCCGCUGGCUUGGUCCAAUUCCACAUGACUAUCCUUCAUAUCUGACUGGAGAACUACCUGGGGACUAUGGCUUUGAUGUUGCAGGUCUGAGCAGGGAUCCUGUGGCUUUGCAGAAAUACUUCAAUUUUGAGGUACUGCAUGCUCGUUGGGCGAUGCUUGCAGCGCUUGGAGCUCUGAUUCCUGAGCUAUUGGACCUUUUAGGAGCCUUUCAUUUCAUUGAACCAGUCUGGUGGCGAGUUGGCUAUUCAAAGCUUAAGGGUGACACGCUGGACUACCUUGGCAUCCCCGGGCUCCACUUAGCUGGAAGUCAAGGAGUUAUUGUCAUAGCCAUCUGCCAAGCCCUUCUGAUGGUUGGACCAGAAUAUGCAAGAUACUGCGGGAUAGAAGCCCUGGAACCCUUGGGAAUUUACUUGCCAGGGGACAUCAACUACCCGGGAGGCGCACUGUUCGACCCACUGAAUCUGUCGAAAGACCCGGUGGCGUUCGAGGAGCUGAAGGUGAAAGAGAUCAAGAAUGGGCGGCUGGCCAUGGUUGCGUGGCUGGGAUUCUAUGUGCAAGCUGCAGUAACGGGGAAAGGCCCCGUUCAAAACCUUGCCGAGCAUAUCUCGGAUCCUGUCCACAACAACCUGCUCUCUCUUUUCAAAUCCAUGUGACGAGCCUGCCUGCAUCUUUGGAAUCUGUCCGUAUUUGCAUGGCUCAUGCCAUGUUCGUCCAUGUGAACAUUGCUAAAUUGGCUAUCCCUAUUCCUGCUUGUUCAUUCUGUUGGCCUAUGCCUGGGGGGUAUUUUUACAUGCAACCAGGGAAUAUAUAUAUAUAUAUAUA